AUGUCAAUCCCAGCUUCAACUGUCGUUACUUCUUUGCCGGAAAAAGCCGAGGGAUCAGGAUCAGCAACACGGUUAAGAGCCUCGCAAAAUGGGAAGACAGAGACAACCUCAACUGCCCCUCCUUUAGAAGUAAAGGAGCACGAUUUCUUCUGGACCUACACGGAAGAACCCCAUCGAACGCGUCGACAAGCAAUUAUUAAAGCACAUCCCGAGGUUACAAAACUCUGUGGGCCAGAGCCACUCACCAAAUACGUUGUCGUCUUCGUCGUCUCCAUCCAAAUCCUCUGCGCAUACCUCCUCCAAAACACGCCAUUUAUAUCAUGGAGAUUCAUCCUCACCGCAUAUGUAAUUGGCGCGACGGCGAACCAGAAUUUGUUCCUGGCUAUCCAUGAGAUAUCGCAUAAUUUGGCAUUCCGGAGUCCGGCGGCGAAUAGGGCCAUUGCUAUGGUUGCAAAUCUACCAAUUGGGAUUCCUUAUAGUGCUUCUUUCAGGCCCUACCAUCUCACCCACCACAAAUCCCUCGGCGUUGAUGGCCUCGAUACAGACCUACCAACCGCGCUGGAGGCUGUAUUCUUCGACUCGAUCCUAGGAAAAGCCUUCUUCUGCACAUUCCAAAUCCUCUUCUACGCCCUCCGCCCGAUGUGCGUCUACUCAAUCGAUUUCACCAGCGUCCACCUAUUCAACAUCAUCGCCCAGGUGCUCUUCGAUUAUAUCCUUGUGAAAUCCACAUCUCCCAGCGCUCUCUACUAUUUGAUCCUAUCCUCCUUCCUAGCAGGCAGUCUCCACCCCACCGCGGGGCACUUCAUCGCGGAGCACUACGUUUUCGACGCCCCUACCCCCGCCGCCAACGAACCUUUAACCAACACCCCCAUCCCAGAGACGUUUUCAUAUUACGGCCCGCUCAACUUCUUCACCUAUAAUGUGGGUCUACAUAAUGAGCAUCACGAUUUCCCUGCUGUUCCCUGGACACGGUUACACAAGUUAAACAGCAUCGCAAACGAGUUUUAUAGAGAUUUGCCGAGGCACGAGAGUUGGAUAGCAGUUAUCUGGAGGUUUAUCCUAGAUGAUAAGGUCGGUAUGAGGUGCAGGGUUAAGAGGAAGGAGGGCGGACGAAAGGUUGGGGCCUGGAAAGAGGCGGAGGUGCAGGCUUGA